CUCAAUUAUUAAGCUAGCAGAGCGUCAGUACUUCUUCACUGUAACCCACAGAGUUGGCCCAGAGCUUCCUGGACUUGCAGCUGAGACCACAUCCCCCAGAAUGGUUAGAAAGCAGCAGCAGUAUACCCUGAAUCUGGAGCAAACUGCGGCGGAGCAGAUGUUAAGGCAUCCACACUGUUCACCCGAAGGAGCGCACUGUGGCUGUAGGUCGCACUAUGUGACGUGUGAGCUGCACGGGGUUACGAAAAACCCAUGUUCACUCUGGAAAAUACUUCUAAUAUGUCUGCUGGCUUGCCUGCUUGCCACAGCCAUUACAGCUCUGGCCCUUUAUUUUCGCCCCUUCGGCAACCCCACCAACACCACCAUCAUCAUAAACACAGAUGGGAGGCCCAGCCAGGAGCCCUGCACUUCUGCAUCCACACCGUCGCUUACCUCAACACCGUCACCUGGACCUGAGACCACGCCACCUUCUACUAGUAUAACCACCCCGGCCGCGACUACCACCACGCCCACAACGACCACUACAGUGACGACUAUCGCCACCACGGAGCAUGAAGCCAUUAUUGAAUAUGAUUACCAAGUGUAAACUCUCAGUUGUCUCGCUGAAGGGGGCCCUUUCCGAGACUCUGAAGCCUGCUAUGAUACCCCGAAGCGCAGUUCUCCAUUAAGCUAUACUGCUUUUCAUGUGGCGAUAGUCUGACCCUGGUUAAUUAAAA